AAGUCGCAGGUUAUAAUCUGCUGUGACGUCAAGGUUAAAGGUCAUCCUGUAACGUGUCGUCAGCAGCCUGUCUGUCUCAUACCGGUGUCACUCCACCCGCCGGCUGCUUCUCUUACACACACAUCGGUACCUCAACUGACCUUUUAACGGUUAUUAAGUUAAAAAAAAAUGGCUAAAAAGCGGAGAGAGAGACGAGAGACGGACGGUCUGUCCUCGGGACAGGAGGAGGUGAAGGCUGGAGACUCUCCGGUGAAAGAGGCUCCGCAUGCUGAAGGAGGCUCAGCUCGCAUGUCUCUCCUGAUUCUGGUGUCGAUCUUUGCGUGCUCGGCCUCAGUCAUGUACCUGGUCUACAGGAACUUCCCAGAACUUCCUGAUGAUGAAAUGGAGAAAAUCAAGAUCCCUAAAGACAUGGAUGAUGCCAAAGCUUUGGGAACUGUGCUGUCCAAAUACAAAGACACGUACUACUCCCAAGUGUUGGUGGCCUACUUCGCUACAUAUGUUUUCCUCCAGACAUUUGCGAUCCCCGGAUCUAUCUUCCUCAGUAUCCUGUCUGGAUAUCUCUACCCUUUCCCUCUGGCUCUUUUCUUAGUCUGCUUGUGCUCUGGCCUUGGUGCUUCCUUUUGUUACAUGCUGUCAUAUCUGGUGGGCAGACCCAUGGUCUACAAAUAUCUCACAGAGAGAGCACAGAAAUGGUCCCAGCAGGUCGACAAACAUAGAGAUCAUUUAAUCAACUACAUCAUCUUCCUGAGGAUAACGCCGUUUCUUCCCAACUGGUUCAUCAACAUCACCUCACCUGUCAUCAACGUGCCUUUAGGGGUUUUCUUCAUCGGUACUUUUCUUGGAGUGGCGCCGCCGUCCUUUGUAGCGAUCAACGCCGGUACGACUCUGUACAAACUGACCACAGCUGGCGAGGCCGUGUCCUGGAACUCUUUGGCGGUGCUCGGAGUCCUCGCCGUGCUCUCCAUCUUGCCGGUCUGCUUCCAGAAAAAGCUGCAGAAGAAACUAGAGUAGAACAUUAAACACCUCAGCACCUCAUCUGCUGGCUGAUCCCGGCGCCCCCCCAACCCCCCCUCGGCUCAGGAACGUGCAGCUGUCACUCAAGUUGCUCCGCCUCGGUCUCAUACACGGCUGCUGCUGCUGCUGGAGGGAGAAUAUCUGACCAGUGGCGCUCCGAGCUCUCACUGACCACAACAUGCAUGCAGUGGUGGGUUGUUCCUGAUGUUUAGUGUAAACUGGCCGCUGCUUGCACAAGUCUUUUGGUUUCUGUGAAUUACGUUGUCGAUUGGGGCACAUCUUGUAAAUACGACAAAUCGAGUUGUUUGUUUUUUAUUUAAGGCACUGCUCAUUGUUUUUAUGAUUCUUGUCAGACAACUAAAGCACCAGUGUGAAGGAUUCAGAGAGAAUUAUUGGCACAAACGGAAUAUAAUGUUCAUAAGUCAGUUUUAUAAUCAUCAGUGUAUAAUCACCGGAAGAUAUACAUUUUGUUUUCGUUAGCUUAGAACAGGGAUGGGCAACUGGAGGCCCGGGGGCCACAGACGGCCCGCACCCUCACUUGAAGUGGCCCUCAGUACAACUACAUGCAUUUGAGCAUGAAAUCUUAAAAGUGCAGUGUAGA